AUGGAUGACGAUGUGGCAACCGCGCGCAGUGACCAGCAUAGCAAGCAGCAAUGGAUUUGGGUCGUAGAGGACGAACUCGGAUCCUUGAUCUGGGUUACUCUUAGAGACGAAACCUAUUACGUGGGUAUUUUUAAAAGCUUUGAUCAAUACGGGAACCUUGUGCUUACCGACGCCGUCAGGAAGGUCAUCGUUCAUUCGCAACGAGUUUUCAGCGAUGUGUAUUGCGGUAAUUUGAUAAUACGCGGUGAGAGUAUUGCCUAUUUCUGCGGACUUGACGCGACAAGCUACCUGAAUACCUUCAAGUACAACAGCACAUUCGAUCACAGUCGACUUCUACAAGUUGCACGCAAACGCAACAUGAGAAUGAUGCCUCAGCCUAUGAUGCCGAAGCUGAAGUACGUCGAACUUGAUGAAGCGCUUGCCCUGUUGAAGGAAGAACAAGAGCAAUUCCCGACCAAGAAGCAUAUAUUCAGCGAUAUGCUUGGGAACGAUGCGUUUGCGUAG